AUGGUUAAUCCCAAAAUCUUUUACAGCUACGUAAGACAGAGCACACGGAACAAAGAUCCCGUCCCAUUGCUGCUAACUGCUGAGGGUGCGGAAAUCUCCGAUGACAAGGAUAAGGCUGACCACCUCUCUCAGUUCUUCCGGUCCGUCGUGACAAGUGAACCGGAUUUCUUCUCCCCCACUUGUGAAGACGAAGAAACGCCUGCCCUCGAAGCCGUCUUCUUCACCGAAACAAUUGUUCGGAAUGAGUUAAUAAACUUAAAAGAAUCAACCUCCCCAGGUCCUGAUGCAAUCCCGGCCAGGCUGCUGAUGGAGCUAGCUCUCGAAAUGUCCAAGCCGUUAGCCUUGAUCUUCCAAACGUUAUUUGUUACUAGAUGCCUGCCCUCUGACUGGAAGUCCGCUACCAUCACUCCGCUUUUUAAGGGUGGAAGUCGUGCGUCUGCGAAUAACUACAGGCCAAUCAGUCUCACCUCCAUCUAUUGCAAAAUCAUGGAGACAAUCAGUAAGAAGGCCUUGAUGCAGUUCCUCGAGCAGCACCGUCUCCUCUCCGAUGCACAACACGGCUUUCGAAGUGGUAGGUCCUGUCUCACAAAUCUGUUCUUUACGCUCGAACGCUAUACCAAAGCACGCGAUGAAGGCAAUGUGGUGCACGCCAUCUACAUCGACUUCAAAAAGGCUUUCGACAGCGUUCCUCACCAACGUCUCUUGCACAAACUGUGCAACGCUGGAAGUCUUGGACGCCUUCUUGUAUGGAUCCAGAGCUUUUUGGCUGGACAGUCCCGAAGAGUACAGGUCGAGCGUCAACAGUCCUUAGAUGUAAGAAUGGUGAGUGGCGUCCCACAGGCCUCAGUCUUAGGUCCCACGAUAUUCCUCGUUUUCAUAAAUGACUGCGUCAAGGACCUAGACUGUGAUGUCAUCCUGCUUGCCGACAACAUAAAUCUGUGGAAAGUUAUUCACAAUGCUGCAGACGCAGACCACCUGCAAGCAAACUUGAACAGGCUCGAAGACUGGUCGAAGCGCUGGCUCAUGCCCUUCAAUAUAAGCAAGUUCAAUUUUCUUAAACUCGGCAGCUUCAGAACCCCCAGCCCCAGGACUUACUUUCUACACAGCACACCACUGCAACAGGUUGACAGCCAGAAGAAACUGGGUGUAUGCAUUAUAUCCUCACUCAAACCAACAAUGCACUGCGCGAAGGCGGCUAAAUCGGCUACGGCCACUUUGCUACUCAUAAGGCGAGCAUUUAUGGGAUUUGACCCUGACUGCUUUUCCAAAAUAUUUGGCACAUCCAUGCGACCUCAUCUGAAAUACGCCAUGCAGGCGUGGAGACCUUGGACAGCCCAGGAUUAUACCGUCUUGGAGAAGGUUCAGAGAUGGGCGACCAAAAUGACACAUGGUCUGGGAGCACUGCCCUAUGAAACCAGACUGUCAAUUCUCAACCUGUUUCCCUUUUCCUACAGGCAAUUACGUGGUGACCUUAUACUAACAUUUCGCAUUAUCAACGGUCUAGACUGUUGUUUAGAUCCCACUGAUUAUUUCACCCAAGCUAACACGCCGCUUUGGAGCCCCAUCUCUUUACACUCUGAUUGUGGAGCGAAUUUCGAGAGCAGGUUAGUGCGCGACGUUUGUCACCUAUUUCAGAUCCAUAAAACACACACUGCAUCGGUUCACCCCGAAGGGAAUGGCCAGGUGGAACGAACAAAUCGGACCAUUAUUAACUUGUUGGAAGCCUUCGUGGAAGACCACAACCCACACAAGUGGGAUGCUCGGCUGCCAUACGCCAUGAUGGCAUAUAGAUGUGCGGUUCAUACCUCGACUGGCUAUGCCAUCUUCCUCAUGCUAACCAGCCGCCAUUUCUGGUUACCCUCGGGCUCUCAUUUCCCGCUCCCAGCCUGUGACGACUAUCAGCCGGAUACUUAUGUCCUAGAGCUGCAAAUAACCUUGAGGACUACACACAACCCAGCGCAAACCCAAUAGAGUCAGCUUACACACGACAGAAGGCUUACUUUGACCAGCCUGUCCACAGCGCUCUUAUUUUUCCCUUUUGCUAAUGAUGUACUCGAUUUAUUUCAGUAUGGUAAGCCUUUCAUGUAUGCCGAUGAUCUUAAAGUUGCAUAUCGAUAUAAGCCGGCAGAUCGUGACAUAGUGCUUGAGCUCCUAAAGAUCGACCUACAGGCUUUCGCCAAGUGAUGCCGCACAUGGCGCCUUUCUCUUUCCUGGCAUAAAUGCUCAGUCAUGGUAGUUGGCGACGACCGCCAACUUCAAUUAAGUAUUGAAGGUCACACCAUAAAUAUGCCUGGGGUUAUUAAGGAUCUGGGCGUAUCAUACUCCAAGAGUCUCAAUCUCUCGGAGCACUGUGCCUUGAUAGUCUCCAAAGCACGUAGAACGACCGGGUUUAUCCUCCAAACUUCAAAACUAGUGAUAUUAGAAUGCGCCUUUUCAACAAGUACGUUAGACCAGGCCUGAAAUACUGUUCGCUUUUAAUAAUUAAUAAUAAUUAUUUUUAUUAAAGACUCGUCGGGGUCCCAUCAAAGCAAGUAAAAAUAAAUUUGCAUGCGAAUUUUAGACGAGGUAGGCAAAAUCUGUACAAAAUGCAAUACAUAGUUUUUGAAUUAGAAGUCCGUUAAGAAAAAUGAUUAAACAAGGAAUGAAAAAAAAACUCCACAUGAAAAUUUAAAAAUGAUUAGAUUAAUUUUACCGAAGAAGAAAAACCCUCGAAAAAAAUAGAAACAGAACAAUGCGGGCAGGAAUGGCCUACAUGUGGCGGUAUAGAAUGGAUUAUAAUCGGACAUCGUCAGGGCCGUCAGUGUUUAGCCUCAUGCGUGCUACUGAGCGGAAGAAAAUAGAAUCCGUUCAACUCUUUUUUACGAAGAGAGUUUUAACCCCGGAACACCGACACUCGUCUUACCAAGAACAGUGCCGGCUUACAGGCCUUGAUCCUUUAUGGUUCCGUAGAUUACAAAAGGGACUAUUUUUGCUAUUUAAGCUCUUAUAUAAUCACACAUUUAACCCACUCACCUCUUUAAGACAUCAUGUCCACCCACGACGUAACAGUCACAUUGAGGUCUUCUUAUUUCUUCCUCUGGCACGUACUGUUAAAUAUCGUCGGUUUUUUCUGUAAAUGAAAUUUCUAUUUGGAAUAAACUACCAAUGAGUGUGAGGAUUCUGCAAAAUUAUCCUUUAUUUAAGAGAACUAUUACUCGAUUUUUGUAUUCAGAAAAGCUCCCACAAAUUUUGGGUGCUGAAUACACUGAUCGACUGUACCGUAGCGAUGGCGUUUGUGGUCUCUGAACACUAUGGCCGGCCUCACCAGGGGUUAUUUCUUUGGCCAACAGCGACAGCUGUAUUUCGGCGCUUCUGGUUGGACUAACCCUUACUUCAUGAAAGAAAUUGACGACUGAAAAGAUCCGAUACCGUGCAACCCCUCCCUUCGUGACGAUUGAAAGUUUGUCGUUAGCAGUUUUUUCUCCUGAACCCUCCAAUCCAGAAAACCACCAUCAAAUAUAUUUUUAUUCCUUUUCCAUAUGAGUUUUUUCACUGCUGGUCGGAUUAGUGUUUCACGCUUCCCUGACAGUGCCUGUAAACUGGCAUUAAAUAAAAUAAUUAUUAUAAUUAUUAUUAUACUUAAUUAUUAUAAUUAUUAUACGUUGCAGGCGACCUGGUACUGCGUUACCGACCGACUCCACCGGUGGGGACUUCGUCAAAAUUCUUCCAUCCGUGGGGGGCCCCUUCAACGUCAUUGACUCCCUUCUCCCUUCUACUUGCACCAUACGUGACGCGCAGUCCACCGUAGGUCCCGUCCUUACCGUUCACUAUGACAAGCUGAAGCCUUACAGGGGCCGGCUACCUAACGCGGCCGCCAACUCCCUACCCAUUCGCCCCAGCCCCCCCCCCCUACCUUGUUCCCCAGCCCUCCGAUGAGGUGGAAAGCACCAACAUUUCCCUCCAGACCGCGCCUCUGAGGACAGAGCCGCCUCUUAAGAGGGGGGACGUGUAGAAGGGCAACAUAACCUGUUGUUUAAACGUGACCUUGCUAUUCUUUUCCUUUUUUUGACUUACCUGUUUUUUAAACUAACAUUUUUUAGUGACCGCGGUGGAAGAGUUGAGGAGGCCAGUCGAGGGACCGCCCAUAAGGAGGAAGUUUGAAAGAAGCCAGAACUGGAUUGAUUACUACGAGUUGGCAUUUUUUAAUAAACAUUCCCAUCGCCAAGCUAUUCUAUCUGAGUAUGCCAGUAUAGGUCAGUAUAUUUUAAGGGUAAUAGGCAAUGACUUUGAAAACCCUAUUGUAAACGGUACACGCAAUGUAUAACUUUAAAUAAAAACUGUACUAAAAUGUUGUGAGUAAUAUAUACACUUAACACAAUAUUUACCAUUGAAAAUGCAAGACCGAAGCUCACACACAUUCGGUUGUAGAUGAUAUCGGUAAAAUGCAAUGACAGUCAUCCGCAUUAGCGGUAGGUACAUGCAAGGCGUUGGUUUGGCACCACAGAGCUGUUCUGUCCAGACAAGCGGUAUUGUCCAAGCAAAUAUACAUCUAGUCUUUGCUUGAACGUCUCCGUGGUAUCCGCCAUUAUUACGUCCUCAGAAAGCCCGUUCCAGGCACCGACGACUCGCUGUGAAAAACAGAAUCUUCGAACGUCCAGGCGGCAUCGGGAUCCUCUAAGUUUUAGGGAGUUCCCACGCAGGUUUGUUGUUGUGGCCAGGGUGAAGAAAUCGUUCAGGUGUAGGGCACAGUCCCGGUUCCUCAAUAUCCGAUAGGCCUGUAUGAGAUCACCACGAACCUGCCUGUACUCAAGAGGAAAGAGUUUAAGUUCACUAAGUCGGCAGUUGUAAGGUCAAGUCCUGAGGCCUUUCACAACUUUUGUCGCUCGCCUCUGAACUCUUUCUAGCAACUUAUAGUCUUUUUUUAGCCACGGGCGCCACGCUUGGAUUCCAUAUUCCAGGUGCGAACGAAUGAACGCUCCAUAUACUUUUCCAAAUAACUCUUUGUCUUUGUCCACGAAAGUUCGUUUAAUGGCAAAGAGAACACUGGUUACCGUUUUGGCCGCCCUAACGCACUGAGAGGAAGGCUUAAGAGUCGACAAAAUGUUGAUCCCAAGAUCUUUUUGUUGGGUCACAUUUGCAAGGCACCUUCCACCAAACAGGUAAUGGUGAUCCUCUGCGUCGGCUCUUCCAGCUGUUUUGAGUCGCAGCGUGACACACUUCUCGAGGUUAAACUUCAACUGCCAUUUAUCAGACCAUUCGCCUAGGCGGUUCAGUCCUUCUUGUAGGGCCCGUUCAUCAUUUUCCCCGUUGAUCGCUUGCCGUAGCUUGAUGUCAUCGGCAAACAUGACUCCAUUGCAGUCCAGUCCAUUCAUCAAGUCGUUGACAUAAAUUAAAAAUAGUACUGGUCCGAGUACAGAGCCCUGGGGAACUGCACUCACAACUGGCACUGGCGUUGACUUCGCACUACCAAUACACACAGAUUGUGAUCGACCAGUCAGAAAGUCCUUUACCCAAUUUAAUAGGUUUCCCCUUAUCCCUGACUCUCGGACCUUGUAAAGUAACCGGUGGUGUGGAACACUAUCAAAGGCUUUCUUGAAAUCAAUGUAAACGAUAUCGACUUUUGUUCCUGCGUCUAACGAGCGAGACCACUGUUCCGUUGAAUAAAACUUAUUAGUUAGACAGGAGUGAUUUCGUCGAAGGCCAUGUUGAGAACUAGCAAUUAAAUUAUUUUGUUCAAGGAACUUCAUUCUGGAUUUUUUUGACUAUUCUCUCCAUGACUGUGCAACAAAUACACGUUAGGCUCAUCGGCCGAUAGUUGUUUGUACUUGUUCUGGAUCCACCCUUGUGAAUGGGGUAUAUGUUCGCCACUUUCCAAUCAGAGGGGAGAAUGCCUCGGUCAAAGGACGACCUAAAGAUGUGCAAAAGCGAUUUGGCGAGUUCGCAAGCUAACUCCUUCAGAACUUUUGCCGGAAUUUAGUCGGGACCCGGAGACUUACCCUCCUUAAGCGCUAGAAGUUCCUUCCUGACAUUUUAUUCUGUGAAGUCGAUGUUUUCUAUUAUUCGUUGGUUGUCCCAGCAGGCAAUCCAGCCUCGUCAAAGUCCGUUUCAUCAGUGAAAACAGAUACGAAAAACCGGCUUAGAUGUUCUGCCUUAGCGUCAUUUUCGAUGAUAUCCUCAUUAUUUUCUCCUUUCAUCACUAAGAUCGUCUCCUUGUUCUUUAACCUACUGGUGAUGUAACUGAUGAGCACUUUUGGCUUAUCGAUGGCCCGUUCCAUAACUCGCGUUUCAUCCUUCUUCCGCGACCUGCGGAUAGCCGAUCUUACCUCGUUUCGCUUUCGACGAAACUGCUCGUAAUGAGAUGGUUGUUUUGUUGUUGCAUACCUUUUCCAUAGCUUGUUCUUCCGGUUUACUCCUUUCUUUAUAUCCCGCGUUAUCCAGGCAGGACGAAUAUUCUUUUUGACUCUCUUUGUCGGACAGUUUCGAUGCAUGAUGUCUGUUACAACUCCUUUGAGAGUGUUCCAAUCAACGUCCGGAUGUCCGGAAAAAACAUCAUUCCAGUCCACUGCCGAUAAUUCCCUUCUCAUGGCGGCAAAAUCGCCUCGCCGGAAAUUCAACCGAGGCUCAGUCGUAUUCACUUGUUGGCUGCAUAGGCGGUAUUCCCAAAACAGCAUGACAUGGUCACUCUUACCCAGCGGUGUUAUGGACCUAAGUUCGCCAGGGCUAAUUGGGUCUUUUGUAAGGACAAGGUCCAGACAAUUUGCUCUUUGGUCCGCUCUGAUCCUGGUUUGGAACGUGACGUUUUGUACCAGAAAGAGAUAAGACGUUAGUUUCAAGAGCCUGGAAUCAAAGGAAUUUCGCGAACCAUUUACUAAUAAAUUGUUCCAGUCGACCAUGGGUGCGUUGAAGUCUCCGGUUAUCAGUACUUCUUGGUUUUGUGACACCUCCUUAAUUAAUCUAAACAUCGCCUCGUCAACCUCAGCAGUUUGAUUGGGCGGCCUAUAUACGGUCAGGAAAUUCAAAUUAGGUGAGCCACGCAUCCGCAGUUUUAAACAAAUUGCUUCACAGUCGCGGGAAUAAUCGGUUUUGAGUUCCGACGCGAUGAUUCCUCUCUUGACGUAGACUGCUAUUCUCCCUCCUUUUUUAUGCAGUCUGUCCCGGCGAUAAAGUCGGUAAUCAUCGAGUGUAAUUUCGGCAUCCAAGACUUCGGUCUGGAACCAAGUCUCUGUGAUAGAAAUGACUUCCGGCUGCUUAUCCGUUAUCCACACUUUCAGUUCAUCUAGCUUUUGGAACAAACUGCUUGCACUUGAGGAUGUUGUGCUCAUUUCGCACUAACUUUCAGGACUCCAGUCAAGGAGACACCCGACCUGACAGGGACACUAAGGAAGCAUAUACGGACUGUCGCGUAGAGGAAAGGGGCAAGUCGUACCCUUGGGUAGCUCGAAUACUACACUUAUUGUAAAGGGGUUGGACUGCAGUCUGGCCUUUGAGGACUUUUGAAUUCGCCACCACGACCAACCUCCGAGGUCAACCUUUAAAACUGCGCACUCAGCAGGCAAGGCUGGAUGUGCGGAAGUUCUUCUCUGUUCGAGUGGCCAAACCAUGGAAUGCUCCCUCUGUAGAUGUUGUGAUGUCACCAUCGAUACAAAGUUUUAAAAACAACUGUGGUAUAUUUAUGUUGCGUAAUGGCCAAGAGCGAUGAGAAAUCGAGCUCGUUCCCUGGGACUCACUCCCGUUUCGGUAUACCAUUAUGCGCUCAUCUGAAUUAUUUUAGCCAAGAUAAUUUCCCUGUGCAUCUUACCCAGUUUUGCCUUGUAAAUAGGGUACUCAGAGGGUUAUACAUAGUUAUCUCAAAAAAAUGAACCAAAAUGAACAAAGACUUAAUGAAAUUUUAUAGGAUACCCAUAUAUUUACUUGAUAACAAUUAAUAAAAUGUACCGUAUAUCUGCAUAGACAUGUUCAGGGGGCGCAAUGUACAAAAUUCCAGAAAGCCAGCCCAUGCUCUGUCAUGUUGCAGAAGGUUCUAGAAGGCGCGGCGAUAGUCCCUAUAGGGGGCGAGCGCCAAAUUUUCCGUAUUUAUACGACAGGUACAUAGUCACACUUUUGCUUCUUAUAAAAAGUUUACGUUUAAUAAAUUAAUAUAAUUGCAAAAUAAUGGAAAUGUUCACAGCUCAAUUUUGUUUAACUUUUCGCCCUAAAACGAUCCCCAACCAAUCGCAAUGGCGGACUCAAUCUUGACGCUUGUGUAGCAUACGUUCCAGAUGGAUCAGUAGGGGACGAAGCGAUAGUGAAUGAGGAUAGCCUCCUCUUCUUUACAACCUGAGGAUUAACUUGAGGAUCUAUUCAAUUCAAUUCAAUUAUUUUUAUUAAAGACCCGUCAGGGUCCCAUCAAAGCAAGUAAAAAUAAAUUUACAUGCAAAUUUUAGACGAUGUAGGCAAAAUCUGUACAAAUUGCAAUGCGUAGUUUUUGAGAUUAGAAGUCCGUUAAGCAAAAUGAAAAUGAAAAAAAACUCCAAAGCAAAAUUUAAAAAUGAUUGUAGUAAUUUAACAGGAGAAAAAAAACCCUCAGAAAUAUAGCAUCAGAAAAAGACAGGGAUGACUGGCCUGCAUGUGGCGGUACAAAAUGGAAUAUAGUCCGACAUCAACAUGGCCGAAAUAAAUGUCAGCUGUAUAUGGAAUUGUGUAACGGAUUUCAUAAAAUGGUACGUAGGUGGGUCGGUCAGGACUGGCUGUAUCGCCUUGAAUAAGAAAAAUAAGUGCCGAAAUUUAAAACCAGUCUCAAGCCGAUAGGAACACAGAUGCGGUCGGUUUCAUUCAACCGAGUCCAUCCGAGCAUGGGGGGAGAUGCGACCAGACUACUAGUAUAUGGCGAAUAUAGAAGGCUUUGUCAAGACCGCCGAUGGAGCGCAUUCUGUAAGGGCACGAUGACAACCAGUCUCGAGGCGAUAGGAACCCAGAUGCGGUCGGUUUCAUUCAACCGAGUCCAUCCGAACAUGGGGGAAGGGAGAUGCGACCAAACUACUAGUAUAUGGCGAAUACAGAAGGUUUCGCCAAGAGCGUCGAUGGCGCGCAUUCUGUGAGGGCACGAUGCAUGAACUAAAAAAUUGGAAUAAUUAACAUUUCUGGUGAGGGAUCUUAGGUAGCGAGACUACUCAUAAAGAAAGGAAACGUGAACAGAUAUGGAAAUUUAAUAGCGGCAUGCUAAAUUCCCGGUGGCCCUUUCUCAGUGUCAUAGAAAAAGUUGUCUGGGAAGGAUGAGGAAAAUAAAAGUUUAAUCGAGUCAGUAUUCAGAUAAAGGCGUAGCCUUCUCUUAAAGGUGUGUAGAUUUUCUGAAGAUCUUAUAUUUAUUGGAAGGUUAUUCCAGAGGAAAGUAUACCUGGAAGCGAAAAAAAGGGAGCGCUUAGAGGUGGAGGACGCUGGAAGAGGUAUAAUUAGAGACGAGAUGCGAAGAUUGUAUGGGCGACUACUAGGGGUAAUUGUUGAAAUCCGAGGAAAAUUUGAACUAUGAUUAAUGCGAAAGAGGAGACAGAAGCCCGCUUCUAGUCUUCGAACCCAUAACAAUUUUAGGUUAAUUAGCUGACAUCUAUCUGAGUAGGAGAUAUUGACAUGUUCCCUAUCUAAAAGUUUUUUAUAAAAACGUCUUUAGACAUUUUCAACUUUUAAACGACUGGCUUCAUUCAUCAAACCAAAGAAUGGGCAACAAUACUCGAGAAUGGGAAGUACAAACAUACGAUAGGGCCUUAAUUUAAUUUCAGGAAGAUAGAAAUUGUAAGAAAUAAAGCCACAAAUCUGGGCAGCUUUGGCUGUAAUUCUGUCAGCGUGCGGCGAGAGAUCAAGAUUACUAGUGUAGCUUAAACCUAAAUCCUUGAUGGUGGUACAUUCAGUCAUAGGUGUUCCUUGAAAGACCACAGGUUGGGGUAGCCUAUCAGGUUCAAAACACAUAUAACGACAUUUAGAACGAGAGAAUUCCAUUAGCCAUUUUGAGCUCCAAGCUGAGAGAGCAAGCAAGUCAGCAUGGAUUUGCUCCAGGCAAUGAAGGCUCGUAGAUUUUUUGAAAGAAUAUACACAUUUGAGAUCAUCGGCAUAAAUAAAUGAUUGAGAAUGUUUAAUUGCGGCUGAAAUAUCAUUUAUGUAAAGCAAGAACAAAAGAGGACCUAAAACGGUACCUUGUAGGACACCGCUCUCAAUAGGACUUUCACUGGAAAGUGAAGAUCCCACCAAAACCUUUUGUUUACGAUUAGACAUGUAUGACCUGAGGAAGUCUAUUAUUGGACUGCGAAUUCCCAUAGCUCCCAAUUUAAUCAAGAGUCUUUUAUGUGGCACUUUAUCAAAGGCUUUACUAAGAUCAAAAUAAAUAACGACAACAGAUAGGUGAUCAUUACGAAGAGAGGUAAGUAGAUCGAGAAACGACAGAUGACAUGUUUCACAAGAGCGAUCUGGUAAAAAACCAUGCUGGGAAGGGCUAAUAACUUGAUUGGCUAUGCAAAAUUCGGUAAUUUUUAUGGCGAUAAUUUUUUCAAAGAUUUUGGCGAGAGAGGGUGUUUUAUGGACACCUCGAUAGUUCUGUACGUCAGAACGACAGCCAGACUUAAAUACUGGAAUAAUAAUAGAAGUUUUCCAAUAGUCAGGGAAGAAGCCAUUUACGAGAAAUACUGAAAAGAUUUUGCUAAGCAGAGGAGGAAAAUCUCUUAGCUGUUUUAUCAAAGAGUUUGGGAUAUUGUCCGUACCUACUGAGUGAGAGUUAGGAAGAUGACUUUUCAGUUUUUGAAUACAUUCAGGAGAUAAAUUAACGAAGCUAAGAGAAGCAUCAGACAAUGAAGGAAUUAAAGGGAUCGGAUCAGUUUCAAUGGUGAAAUGCUUGGCAAAGAACGAAUUUAAAAUUUCUGCUUUGCCUGACUCCUCUGUAAUGAAGGCAUCACUUGCACUAAGCAAGGGCGGAAUGACUUGGUGGGACUUAGCAGAUGAUCUCUGACGGAAGAUCUGAGCAACUGAUUUAGAAGCAUUCACGUCAUUAAUAGCUAAAGACUCUCUACGCCUAUCUCGCUCGAGCCUCAUUUUCGAAGCUAGUUCAAAUAUUUCAACGAUUCUUAGAUGAACUGAUAAUGAGCUCACAGAAGGAUCUUUAAACUGCUUCCGUAACUUUUUAAGUCUGUUUUUAAGAAAGUGUGGGAUAGCGGUGGAAUUAGCACUCGGUUUGAACAUCUUCCGAGGAAUAAGGUCAAGAAGACCUUCUGUUACGCAUUGUAAUAAAUUGUUGAAAAAAUUUAGAUCAUUAUUUGAAAAAAUAUUGUGCCAAUCAAGAGUGCAUGUAAAGUUAUUUACUAAGUCCUUGUUAACAUUAGCAAAGUCAAAAAUACAACGUUGAACUGUUGGCUUUGCGGAAAUGGCAACUGGAAGGCGACAAUGAAUCAAUGCAUGAUCACUUACAAAGAGGUCAUGAUAAAAAUCCAUAGAUAAAGGGAAGGUGCCAUUAGUAAAAAUUAAGUCUAAAACACUAUCGUUUCUGGUCGAAGAGUGAACUAAUUGAGUCAGGUUUGAAAAGUAAAUUGUGUCAAGCAGCUUCUGGAAUUUAGGAGGAGAAGUAUGUGUGUGCCAGUCAAUUUCUGGCAAAUUAAAAUCGCCCACGAUUAUCUUGGCAUCGAAAGAAGUUUCUGCAAUUUUUUCAAAGAGUUCACAAAGUUGGCUUUCAUUUCCGGAGGAACAAGGAGGAUUACAUACACAUCAGACUAAGGCUUUCCUAUUUUGCGGAAGGAUUACCGAAGCCAAACAUAAAUUUCCAGAGAAGGAGGAAAUGUCCAAGUUAUAAGGCGAUUGUGCAAGUGAUGCUCUUAUGUAAAGAAGGCAUCCACCGCCGCGUCUGUCGGCACGGUCCUGGCGGUAUAAACUAAGGCUAUCUAUGUUAAGUGCCGAGUCUGAAAUUAGAGAGUGGGCCCAAGAUUCAGUAAUGCACAAUACGUCUGUGUCGAACUCAACACCUACACUUCUUGGGUGUGCCAUCUUUCGCACGACAGAUCUUGCGUUGAGAGAGACAAUACUGAGCGUAUUCCUAAUAUGUAGGUUUCGCUCAUUGCUACUUAUAAAAAAGGAAGAGCCAGGGGUGGAAAAUUAAGCUGUUGGAACGGAGCAAUUGGUGGAGGACAAAGUUGCUGCGGUCUAAAAUUUAUGGGGUAAUUACUAGUUAGAGAUGCAGCAUUAGGCGGAAAAACAUUUGAGGAGGACCCAGGAAGAGGAAAACUAUUUUGUUGGGUUGGAAAAAUAGGAGACAAGAAAAUAGGAUUUUGGGAAUUGUUAGCAUAAUACGAGGGGUAGUUUAUGUUAGGUGGCGGACGUAAUGGUUUCGGGAAACAGUUAACAUCAGGAAAGGGCUUUAUUAUUUGGGGUGUCAGGCUAGCAACGGGAUUGGAGAAUUUAUCAGCAAUGCAAUAUACUUGCAUUUUGCAGUCUGAUGUGUAAGAGGGCUUCACAACUGUGGCGUUAAGUUGAGAAUUCAGGAUAGGAACAGGUAAAGACCUCCCUGAACUCUCAUCUAGCUUAUCAGACCUAACUGCAAGGUCAGACCUGAGUGGCCAGGCGUGGGAACGGGGUGGAUUUGAUGUAAGUUUAUUAACCAAAUCACUAUUCUGAGUGCUGGGAGCCGGUUGUGCUUCAAGGACUAGCUCAUCUUUACUGCUAAGAUCAAGCUCCCUUAUAAAUUUGGGAGCCGCAGUUGAACAAUCCUUGCUCCGUGGGGGAGUUUUAAAGAGGCUAGUUUUAACCGUCUCUGUGAUAAUGUGAUCAGUCGAAGAGCUAGAUGGAACUGGGGCCGCUGUAGAUAGUGGGCGGAUUUGGUCGACGCCAGAUGGAGAAACUGCUUUAGAGGAAAAAGGCAUUUGGGUAGAAUUCGGGGGCGGCUUUAAGUUUGGUAAUGGGGGAGAAAUUUUUCGUUGCAGUGGAGUCUGGUCUCGACUAAUAAAAAGUUUAUUUGCCCUGAAAUAUUGAGUUGAUCGCUCCAAAUGGGAGAAAAUAAAAUCCACUUCUAUCGAUGAAAAGAGUUUGACAAGAAUGGGUGGAUUCUUGCUCCUAGAUGAAAGCCUUUUGGCUUCCGCGACCCUAAAGUUGAAGCCGCAUGAAAAAAGGAAUUGAACGGCGACAUCAAUUGGCUGUCUACUCUUGGGAACGUUUUUUAAUAUAAAGUUGAAACUUCGUUUGUGCCUGUCUUCAGUCUCAGUCGCAACUAGGUUAAUGAGAUGCAUGAGCUUCUCACACUGCUGAGACGUAAGCGUUGGCAAAUUUCCGUCAAGAAGGGCACCAAGGACAGAAAAAAUUGAUCCGCAACGAGACAUAAAGUUUUUAAAAUCAUCAAGCGCCCCUAAAUCAAUUUUUUUUCAUAUGAACACUGGGUUUCAGAGGAAGUUUAGUUUCCUUCAGAUUUCGACGAAGGGUUGCUUGAGGUUUCAUGCCGAAAACGCACUACAAGACUUAUGUCCAAAUAUUUAUAUGAAUAAUAACUGCCGAAACUUCGAGGAUAUAUGGAUGAGGUUAUGUAUGAUGAAACGAUUUAUGAAAGCUGCAAAUAUUGGUGGAUCAGACAGCACAAUUUAUACUAAGCAAGUUUUACUCAAUACCAGAAUGUAAACUAGAAAAAAAACGGGCAAAUGACAAUUUCGUAGGUGGUAAAACAGAACUAUGAAUAAAUCUGAAUUGGAUAAUGAGGCUAUGUAGGAUAAGAUAGAUAACAGUAUAAUUCUCAAUAAACUGACGAUGAAAGCCGUCAGUGGAGACAGUUUAUCGUUUAACAUAUAAUGUUAGUCUAUAUUUUUACGAGGAAAACCUUUUGUUUAUGCAGGUAAGACUUGAUAGGAUUGAGGCUAUGUUGGGUGAAAAACUGCGACAAUAGAUUUCCGCUUUAUGACAAAUCGCAGAAACACGACAGGAAGCGAAGAAGACUUAUGACAAAAAAUAGAAAAUUUCGUCAGGUCUACACUGGAAAACUGUGCAAGGGACUAAGAAAUUGAAUCCAAAAAUAUAACUUUCACUUAUCUUUUCAAAAAUCUGAACAUGGGACGUCCAACAUUCUUCACAGGCAGACUCAAGCACAUCAGAGUUGGGCGCUAGGAGGUCGAAAGAGUGUAGUUAGGCGCCGAAGAUAAAGUUUAUUGUAACAGAGUAUAUACACGUGUGUAACGUCAGUAGAAAACGAAUAACGAAUUGAACAUAGGAACCAACAAGGUAGAUGACGUCAAGAAAAUAUGUACAUAUAUCAGGAUAGAGGGUUAACCCGGAAAUAGACAAAGGGCGCAAAACAAAAUGUAACAAUGAUCAACAAAAGAACAAACAUGUAACAAACAAGGGUGGUACUUAUCGGGUACACAGUUCAGUGGCUUUGUUCGUGCCCAUGUGGUGAGAUUGGUCCGGGGAUCUCUACAAGAUGAGUAUUCACUUGAUUAUUAAAACAAGGUCAGGUGCCUAUGCUCUAUUUAAGCUGUACACUUGAAGAGGCUAUAAACACGACGAAAACCAGUCUCCGGCUACUCCAUGACAGGCCGCCGCUCUUCGGACGUGGGACCUCUGUCUCCGUCUUCACCGAAUCGCAGUGCUCUCCGCCAACUGCCCGUGGACAACCAUCUUGCCCUAGCUUGUUUUUGUAAUUAUGUUCCCACUUAAUUUUUCCAUGUACAUAGGUGCUUCAGUAUAGUAAGUACCAGCGACUGUCUUGUCCUGUCGUGCCUCGUUGAUUUCGCACUACUUAUCCCUCCUUUUACAUACUGAAUCAUAUUAAACAAUUGAUCCAAAGUACUGACGUCAUUGAAGCCCAUGCCUAUCCACCGAAGAAGUGAGACGUGUCCUCAGUUAAAUUAAACUGGCCGAGUCCCCUGGACCCGACGAAAUUCGUGGACUGAUGCUUAAGGAACUAUCAAGGGAGCUGCAACGUCGUGUAACAGAGCUGGUGAAUGGUUUAAGAAACCAAUCUUACAAAGAAAGACCGGAUUGCCUUAAUUUAUUCCCUCUGUGUCAAAGGCAGCGACGAGGCGAUCUUAUCCUGGUUUAUAGGAUAAUACAUGGCCUUGAGCAUGACUCUGCUUCGGAGAAAUGUUUCAGUGACACCUUUCACCCAGUCUUCGUGAUCAUUCGAUGAAGUUACGGGCAAAAAUGUCCGGAAUCAGUCUUCGUUCUGAAUUUUUCACACAAAGUGUAGUGGAGGAAUGGAACUAUAUCCCUUAAUAAGUCGUGGAGGUGGCGUCCCUGCAGCUCUUCGAGAACCGCAUGGAUGAUUAUUUGCGUUCCCUGUUUUCCCUCGAAAUUCUAAACCUGAUCUAAAUACUCCGCGGUCGCAGGGAUUUUUUCCUUGAAUCAAUGCUACUCAAGUAAAUCAAGUACUGCUUUGUUUAUGAGGAUUUUCAUCGUUCUUGUACAGUUGUACGUUGCGUGUUUACAUGUAAUCGACAGGAAAUUCAGAGGUCUUGCCUAUUAUCCUUUCCAAAUAAAGUGAAACUAAACUGAACUGGACAUAUGCGUUUAUGACUGGCUGGGUUGCAAUGAUUUGGGCAAUCUAAAAGAAGGCAGCGGACCUUUAAAUGGGACAAAGGUCCCUUUCGUGUGAGACAAAGACGGAUUCAGUCUCAGAUCAUGUCGUUCUUGCGUAAUUUCUCUGCUUAUUCAACUGGAAAACACGGACGACUAAGUCGAUUUGAGAGUUUUAUUUAACGCCAGUUUACAGGCAUUAUCAAGGGAAGCGUUAAACACAAAUCCGGCCAGCAGUGAAAAAAUCUCCCGAGGUAAAGGAAUAAAAAUAUAGUUGAUGGUGGUUUCUAUAAUUUGGAGGGUUCAGGAGAAAAAAACUGCUGGCGGCAUACAUUCGAUCGUCAAGAAGGGUGAGGGGAAGGGGGGGUUGCACGGUAUCGGAGAUUGGAGAAGCUAUUCGUCUAAGUGAUUUAGACGGAAUCGCUGACACUAUAUGAGGGUUGUCAGGAGUAAAAAGCGGAAACUGUAGCCACUGCUAUUUGAGAGUCAGACCAAGACCUGAGGAGAGGGCUUAAGUUGGGAGGAAAAAUAGAAGUGCGGGAGAUAAUUGAAUCGGAGUUCCAGUGCUAGGAGAAACUGACCGCAGGGUUAGCAUCAUGGCCCGACUGGUGAGUCUUUGACUGGAAAGUCAAGAACUGGUUUAUAAAGAGAGACCUAAUUCCCUGUUUAUUUUACGGAGAGUCGCCAGAAAAAAAUUUGUCUUCCUAGAUAAUUUGAUAUACGUCCACCAUGUGAAAAUGUCGAAUCAAUCUCGACUACCGCAAAGAGCUUAGUUUAAGUCAUUUUAUUAAGGGAAUGAGACUUUCGCCCUUGAGCUCCCUAUUCAUAUCGAUAGAGAGAAAUAAAGUCAUUAAUUACAACAGCAAAUGCAGAAAGUUCAAAAGUUAGCGGUAAGUGUGAGCAAGGCGCAAACUGCCGCCGCUAAAGCAAUCCUGAUUAGAUGUGCAAAAGUUUCUCAACAAAUGAGGAUCUAGUCUACACUCAAAGGAUUGGACACUUUCGGAAAGAACUACCGCAUCAGGGAGUCCGUUCCAUGACCCGAUGACUCUGUGAGAGAAGGCGUUCCGUCGGACGUCCGAAUGAGCCAGCUUCCUCAGCAGUUUGAAGGGAUGACCACGCAGGCGGUCAGUCCCGGCCAAUUCGAAGAAUUCAUCAAAGUCUAGGGAACACUCACGACCUCUGACAAUCCUGUAGGUUUGAAAGAGAUCGCCGCGUAGUUGCCUGUAAUUUAGAGGAAACAUAUUUAGUUCGGUCAGUCUGGUUUCGUAAGGCAGAUGAUUAAGAUUCUUGACCAUCUUCGCAGCCAUCGCCUGUACUCUUUCCAGUCGUUGAUAAUCUUUCUUCAACCACCUUCGCCAGGCCUGGACUGCAUACUCUAAGUGAGACCGGACGAAUGCCCCAAAGGUUUUUCCGAAAAACUCUUUAUCAAUCUGCACAAAUCCUCGCCCCAGCGCAAAUAACACCCUUAUCGCACUUUUGGCUGCCCUCUGACACUGUGAUGAUGGUUUCAGCGAGGAGGUCAUUAGGACGCCCAGGUCUUUCUGUUCCACAAUAUUUGAAAGGGACGGACCACCAAGGACGUAUUGAAAGGAAUCGUCCUCCUUACUGGUCUUUUUGGUGCGGAGUCUCAGGACCACACAUUUGUCCACAUUAAAAUUAAGGAGCCAGCGAGCUGACCAACUGUUCAGGCGGUUAAGACUGCCUUGAAGCGCGUGUCUGUCUGCGUCAGAUCUGAUAGAUCCUCGUCGAAUUCACUCGAGCAAAUGAAGUAAGCAGGAACAUCAGUUGGCUGUCCGGAUCUGGGAACACUUUUUAAAAGAAAGCUAUUUUGCCUUUUCUAUCUAUGAAAUGUUUCAUUGGCAACCAAUGUAAUGGAUGAUAAAUUAAAAGCAGCGCUAGAGUUCCACGCCCAAAUUUUCACAUUUUUGUGGACCUCUUCGAAUUAUUCCGGCCGAAAUGAUUCCCCGUAUGCUGCACCUAGUUUUACAUUUAAAAAGGACACUCAUGAUUAUUUUUCAGUUCAGUUCAGUUCAGUUUAUUGAGGGGAAUAGGCGUGAGCCUUUGAGUACCCUAUUUGCAACGUAAAAAAUGUGUGGUGUACAGAUAGAUGUUCUGGGCUGAAAUAGUUCGAACACGCCCAUAAUGGUGGGACAAAAUGAGAAGGAGUUACAGGGGGUGAGGUCGAAUUCUCAUCGCUCUUGGCCAUUUCGGAACAUAAAUAUGUCCAGAUUCUUCUUAAAACUUUGUAUAGAUGGUGACAUCACAACAUCUGCGGGAAGCUCAUUCCAUGGUUUGACCACCCAAACCGCGAAGGAGAACUUCCGCACAUCCAGCCGUGCCUGCUGAGUGCGCAGUUUUAACGGGUGACCUCGGAGGUUGGUCGUGGUAGCAAAUUUAAAAAAGGCCAGACUGCAAUCCAACGCCUUUAUAAUGCGGAAGGCUUGCAAGAGAUCUCUGCGAAGUUGCCUGUAACUCAAAGGAAAGAGGUUCAGAUUUACUAGGCGGGUUGCAUAAGGAAAGGAACUUUGACCCCUAACCGUCUUCGUGGCUCUCCUCUGGACUCUUUUGAGGCAGUUUUGAUCCUCAACACCCCACGGUCCCAGUACUGAACCCUGGGGGCCACCACUAUCGACCGUAGCCGGAUCUGAUUUUCCCCGAUCGAUGCAGACAACCUGGUGUCGACCCACAAGGAAGUUUUCGAUCCCUUUACGGAAGUUGCCACCGAUCCCUAUUUUUUUCAGCUUAUGUAAGAGCCUUUGGUGUGGCACAGUGUCGAACGCCUUCUGGAAGUCGAUGAAGGCUAUGUGGACCGCGUGCCUUUCGUCGAGAGCUCGGGUCCAGCUCUGGAGAGAUUGCAGCAAGUUUGUCGUGCAGGAUCUUCCUUUCCGGAACCCAUGUUGGCAGUUCGAUAGCAGGCCGUGAACUUCCAGGAAUUGCAUCACUACACUCUUUAUGAACCUUUCCAUAACUUUGCAGAGAAUGCGUGUCAAGCUUAUGGGCUUGUAGUUUGUCGUCGCUGCCCUGUUACCUCCUUUGUGUAGCGGAGUAAUAUGCGCCAGCUUCCAAUCGAUAGGAAGUGUUCCAGUGUCAAAUGACGUUUGAUAGAGCAUCGACAAAGGCACAGAAAGCUCACUGGCAAGUUCCUUGAGAAGGUUGGAUGGAAUCUCGUCUGGUCCUGGCGACUUCGAUUCGUUCAAUGCCUCUAAUUCUCUUCGGACAAUGCCUUCUGAGAAGAGUAUAUCACUGACGCUUGGAGUCGGCAGUUCUUCUGUGGAGGGAGGAAGGAACCUUGCCUCGUUUGUGUAGACUGAUUGGAAAAUCCGUGAAAAAUACGCAGCUUUAUCCCUUCUAUCAGCGAUGUCAACGCCAUCAGUAGUCUUUAUCAAGGGGAUUUGGCGCCUGUUCCUUGUACUUUGUCGGAGGUAGCUGUAGAGCAAUUUUGGGUUCUGCGUUGCUUUUUGUAGCAAGUUCUUCUCGAAUUCCCGCCGCGUCUUCAUUAUCAGCUUCCUCAGUUUCUUCCUCUGUGUCUUGUAGGUGUUGAAGCAUUCAGCUUGUCUAGUGACGCAGUAUUUUCUCCACAAUUUGUGCUUCCUGCUGAUUUCUUUCUUGAGGUUGCUAUUUAGCCACCCAGGGCGUUUGUUCAGUCUUACACUAGUCAGUGGGCAGUGGUUGUUGAUGAGCUGCAGAAGGACAUUCUUGAACAGCUCCCAAUCAUCGUUGGCACUUUCCGUAAACAAUGAGCCCCCGUCAAGACCGGAUAAGUCUGCCCUCAUCUGAUUGAAGUCGCCCCGCCAAACAUUACGUCUUUUGUGGUCUGGAGUAUGUGAAAUUGAGUGAACUGAACAUUAUUUACGGGUUCUGUCGGACCCUCGCUUAUGCGAGUUUUAGGUUUCUACAUGCUCUCGUACUUUCUUAAAAAAGAAGCAAUUUUAGUAUUAAAUUAUCAGUGCACAAGUUUAUUAAGAGUACUUUCUUUUAAUUGACACGACUUGCCGCAUUUGACCUGUGCGCCAUUUCCGAAAUUUCAAUACCUAAAGAUGUCUGGCAGGGGCAAGGGAGGAAAGACGUCUUCGAAAAACCGCAAGUCCAGGUCUGCCAGGGCAGGCUUGCAGUUCCCCGUUGGUCGUGUUUACCGACUUCUACGUUCUGGAAACUAUGCGGAAAGAGUCGGUGCGGGUGCUCCUGUCUACCUUGCAGCCGUUUUGGAGUAUCUCACCGCCGAGGUACUGGAGUUGGCAGGUAAUGCUGCCCGUGAUAACAAAAAGACCCGCAUUAUCCCACGGCACCUGCAGCUGGCUAUAAGGAAUGACGAGGAACUUAAUAAACUUCUCGGAACCGUGACCGUUGCUCAGGGCGGUGUUUUACCAAAUAUCCAGAGCGCCUUAUUACCAAAGAAGAGCGGAACCAUCGCAGCAAAGAAGACGCAAUCCCAAGAGUACUAG